CGUCGCCCCAGAUGCCCCGUCCAUGGGCGACGCUGGACACGCACGACACGCUCCCACGCCCCUCCGCUCCAUUCCGCCCGACGCAGCCUAGCCACAGCGUUUUCCUCCGCGCCGUCAUCCUUCGUCUACGCUCCGCCCGCGGGUCAGGCCCUUUUUGAUAUUGACCUCCUGUGCUGCUUCGUCCCACCCGCUGCCCAGUCCUCUGACCGCAUCUCCAGCCCAGGCGGCCGCGCGAUGCAAUUUCACACAUACGGCUUGUGAACCUCGCUCCCUAAUUGCCUGCUCUUUCCGUUUGUUGGCCCGAAACACGGUCUCUCACCGCGCGUGCAUUCACUACGCCGCAACCCACCCACCUGCAGGCCACGGUGGACCUCCCGUCUUCGCUCCUUCGCCGUUGCUGGCCGGUCCCGCACUGUCAACCUGCUUAGGUUGGGGUGAAUGACAAGACUGAGUUGAGCUGCCUCAUUCCCGCCCCGUCACUGUCCUCGACAUGAUUGUGAACAGCGUCAAGAAGAUGCACGCACGCCGGAAUCCUGGCCUUGUGGUCUCCUCCACCGCCUUCUCCCAGCCAUUCUCGCCGUCCAUGAACUCCGCCUCUUUUCUCUCCCCGCGGCUGGCAUCCCACCGCGUCCUCCUGGAAGCGGCAUCUCCACCACCUUCGCCGAGCCUCCCCUCCCUGAUACCCCGACAUGGCAAGAAGCCGUCUUCUGCAAGCCACUCGCGUCUGGUGAAGCGGCUGCUCAUUGCCUGCUGCGGUGUCACCAUCAUUGUCUGGCUCGGCAUCCGCCAUCUUUACACCGAACAGCGGGCAUGGACCGACAGAUAUACAGGCGAUGGGAGCGAGGACUACGAAAUGGUCGGCGACAGCUUCCUCCCGAGCAACCCCUCGGCCGUCAUAGUCACCGACAAGAAGGAGAAGCCCAAGUGGACUGUCUCGAUACCAGAGAGCUACGACUUCCCUUUGAAGCCCGCGCACUAUCGAGAGAUCUGCAAACAGUCAAUGGAACUGUCCCAGCAUUUGACCGAGAAUGGAAAGUCUCACACGAAGCGUUCGAUGGGCUAUUAUUCUGAGGACCCUUACUAUAUGGACGUACGAGAAGCGCAAGAACAAGGCCUACUACCAAAGUCUAAAUCGCACGGAAGCCCCCAAAUGAUGGAUGACGGUCUCACUCCCGGUGAAGAGGAAGGAAUGAUGGUCUGCCAGAGAAGCUUAACAUACGCUAUGGAGACGGUUGAUGCUGGACUGGGGAACACGUUGAUGGCUAUGUGGAUGUCGUAUGGCCUGGCUAUGAAAGAGGGUCGAGCGUGGUUCUACGACGACACGAGAUGGCCUUAUGGGAAUUACUCUACUUACUUCACCCCACCCCCGGCAGCAGGGUGUCUACCACCGCCAAAGUCGGAGAUUGUGCCUUGCCCACAUAAUGCGCGCCACAUUGUCGUCUCUCCUGCCCUCAUUAGCCAUACUUUUGGUCAUGCCUUCACUUACGAGUUCGAGGACGCCCGCAAGAUGGAAGUGCAGCGCCAGCACAAGAUCUUCGAGCUCGCCCGCGUAGGAUACGAGGACCUCUUCACUCUCCGUGAAGACGACGCCAGUUACGUCGAGCAGCGCGCCCAAAAACUCUACGAACCUGCGAGGGAAGCUGGCGGCAUGAGCAUCGGCAUGCACGUCCGCCGCGGCGACCGCCACCCGUACGAGUACCAAUACUCAAAAGACUACCUCCCACUAGACCGUUUCGUCGACACCGCCCGUGACAUAUUCCUAGCCCGCCUUGGCAACUCGACCAAAUCCAAGAAAAAUGCCAAGCUCAACACCGAAAUCGAGGCCCGCCACACCUCGUCCAAGAUGGUCCUCGCCUCCGACGACCCAAACGUCUACCCCACCCCUGAAAUGGGCCACGCCCUGCGCGCCCAAGACCGCAUCGUCCUCGCCUCGAAAACGACGCUCGAGAAGACGGCACCGAAGACGAACCCCUACAUCGACGAGAUUUCGGGCUGGGAAGGCGGCUUCUUCAAAGACGUCUUCUGGUCGCUCGGCCAGCCACGCACCAACGCCAACGACGCCGCGUCCGCCGGCCACGAGGUGACGCAGGAGGGGUCGAAGCAAGCCAUGGAACUGCGCGAGCUCGUCGGGCGCGCCUACCUCAUGGACCUCGCUGUGCUGUCCCAAGCCGAUGCCGUUGUUUGCACCGUCAGCAGUCUGGGCUGCCGGCUCAUGGCGGUCAUGAUGGGGUGGGAGAACGCGAUCGAUCAGGGAAACUGGAAGAAUGUGGAUGGCAUGUUUGAGUGGCGGGGGAUUAUGUGGUGACUGCCCGAGGCGAAGAGUUGGUGAGUUUUUGAGCAGAGUUUUGAGAGAGCUGUUAUACCCAUAUCCGUUACCCCCAAGUCCGAGGGGAGUUGAUGAACCUGCAUUUGGAAGCGGUUUUCUUGCCAUUCGUUUUUGAAAUCUGUUUGGAUCCUUGCAUGGGUGGGAGCGGGAUACCAGCGAGCGAGCAUGAGCGAGCAUCAGUGUGUUUGUUGAUUAGGGCAUUUUUUGAUUCUAGGAUACAUCUUUGAGCUGGUCGAUUUUCUUUUGUCAGGGUGGAGCAUUUUGGCGUUUCGGGUGUGCGAGCAAGCACCGAGCAAGCAUUGGAGGCGUACACUCAUACUCAUCCCGAAUGGGGAAUUUGUUUCAGCAUAAAAAGGAACCACCAACUGAGCCACCGGAAGUGUGGUCGCUGUGGAAUCAAAAUCGAUUGGAAU